UAAGGUCGUCGGCCGAUGCAAUAUGACAUGUGUACUUGUAAAUGUUAAUUGUACAUGUAAUGUGUGAUGUAGUUAAUAAAUGGAAUGUUAUAUCGCGAGUAAGUAAGUAAUGUACUGAUCCAGGUUACAACAAAUUGGCGACGAGUCGGAUAAUUUUCUUUCAAAGAAAAAGUGCGGGUGAAGGUGCAACGUGCAAGUCAAAGGUCGUGUUCGUGUUAGAUUAGAAUUAGAAGGAACGUUAUAAAAUGGCGAAUUUGGUGGGCUCAAUUGAACAGUUCGACGAGAAGAAUAAGGGCGAUUUUGUGUCGUAUAUGGAAAGGAUGGAACAAUUCUUCUUAAUAAAUGACUCAUUAUCAACAAAGCAAUCCGCGUUAUUUAUCACCUUAGCUGGCCCCCAGGUGUACAGCACAUUGAAAAAUUUAAUUGCGCCAGAAGACCCCACAAAAAAGUCGUUUAAAGAAAUUAAAGAAGCGUUACUUAAGCAUUACGCACCCACGAAGUCUGAAACGGCAGAAAGGUUUGAAUUUUAUAAAGCUACCCAAAAUCCAGAACAGUCAGUGUCGCAGUUCAUUAUGCACAUAAGGAAACUAGCAAAUAGUUGUAAUUUUGGGUCGUUCUUGGAUCAGGCAUUACGAGAUAAAUUGGUCUGUGGGAUAAGCAGUGAACAAACGCAGCGGCGGUUGUUAUGUGAAAAGGAUCUUACGUUUUCAAAGGCGUGUCAGAUGGCGAUUGCAAUAGAGUCGGCAGAGAACCAGGCAAAAGCGCUAAAAGGUGGUUUGGUAGAGAAAGUUACGGAUCAUGUGUCGGAGUCCAGUCGUAGAAGUGUGUCAAGUCAGUGGCGUCCCAAAGGUCGUGGUCAGCCCAGUAUGUCAAGCACAAGUCAGCCCCGGCAGUCCGGUCGAGGGAAGUGUCGUCAUUGUGGAAGGUUCCAUGAUGAAUCCAGAUGUCGUGCGAGGGAUUGGAAAUGUUUCACAUGCAAUAGGCAAGGUCAUACGUCAGUCGUCUGUUGGAAAAAAAAUGGUGUCAAGUGCGUCAACGAAGAGGAGCAAGAGACGUCUACAGAAGAAGAUGAAAUAAAUAAGAUAAGUACACUUGUAUGCAAUAAUGUAAAGUCAGUCAACAGUUCUGUUUUGUUAAAAGAAAUGUUAGUUAAUGAUAAGCCAGUAUUAAUGGAAGUUGAUACCGGAGCGUCAGUUACAGUCAUGUCAAGUGAAAAAUUUAAUAAACUUUUCCCUUUGUUAACUUUAGCUGAGCAUAAGGCGAAGCUUAGGGGUGUAUCAGGACAAGAAUUGAAUGUAUUAGGUCAAGUAAUUGUGGAUGUAAAAUUAAGCAGUCAAGAUAAAAAUGUAUUUAGAUUACCGUUAAUCAUCAUUGAUAAUGAAUGUAGGUAUACACUGUUAGGAAGAUCCUGGUUGGAUAUUUUGUAUCCUGAUUGGAAAAAUUGUAUUGCUAAUAUUAACCCUAAUGUGUCAGAAUUGUAUGUCGAGAGAUUUAAGAAAGAUUUUAAUACUGUGUUUGAUGUUGACAGGUUAUCCUUCAUAAAGGAUGUACGAGUAAAGCUAGUGCUAAAGGAGAACGCAGUUCCCAUUUUCCAUGCCCCUUACCGAAUUCCCUACUCAAUUAAGGAAGCUGUGGAGAUGGAAUUGAAGGAGAUGUUGGAAUCUGGAGUUUUGGAGAAAACCAAGUAUUCUGAAUGGGCGAGUCCAAUUGUGGUAGUCCCGAGGAAAUCGAUGCAUUAUGAUGUCAAGAAACCCAUAGUAAUUGCAGUGGAUGCUUCACAGUAUGGAGUAGGAGCUGUAAUGUCUCACCUAAGUGAUGGCGUCGAGCAUCCAAUAAUGUUUGCAUCUAGUACCUUAAGUAAUAGCGAGAAAAAUUAUGCACAAAUCCAAAAAGAAGCCUUGGCGAUAAUGUUUGCUGUUAGGAAAUUCCAUAAGUAUAUUUAUGGACGGAAAUUCACGCUAAUUACCGAUCACCUACCACUAAGAACAAUAUUAAAUGUCAAGACGGGUAUUCCAACGUUGGCCGCGUCAAGAUUACAAAGAUGGGCGUUAGAAUUAUCCGCAUAUGACUACGAAAUCAAAUACAAAAAAGGUAAUGAGAAUGCAAAUGCUGAUUUCUUUAGUAGAUUACCUUCGGAAAGCAUUUUAAACGAGGACGUGCUAUCAUUCUCAGAAUUUAACGAGAUACCAUUAUCAGUUACUGAUGUUAGCAUGUCUACAAAGAAGGAUAAGGUAAUAGCUCGUGUUUUAGAAUAUACCAAAAAAGGAUGGCCAGAUAAAUUACCAGAUUUAGGAUUGAAGGAUUAUUUUUCAAAACGUCACGAGUUAAAUAUUGAAAAUGAAUGUUUAUUAUGGGGAAAUCGUCUUGUUAUUCCAUUUGAUCUUCGAGAAAAGGUGUUGGAAAUACUUCAUAGCCAACAUAUAGGAAUUGCAAGGAUGAAAAUGCUUGCAAGAAGCGAAGUAUGGUGGCCUAGUAUGGACCUACAUAUUGAAGAACAUGUUAAACGAUGCGAAAUGUGUCAACUACAUCAAAACAAACCCAUUGAUGUACCGUACACACCGUGGUCGAAAACAUCUAAAUCCUGGAAGAGAUUACACAUUGACUUCUUACAAUUUAAGCAAUAUCAUUUCUUAAUUGUUGUGGAUAGUCAUAGUAAAUGGUUAGACAUCUAUUUAAUGAAACAUGGAACGGAUUCUUCAAAAACGAUUGAAAAAUUGCGUCAAAGUUUUUUGCAUUUUGGAAUUCCAGAAGAGAUUGUUUCAGAUAAUGGUCCUCCAUUUUCAGGAGAAGAAUACAAGAAAUUUUGUUCAUCCAAUGGAAUAAACUGUUUGCUAACUCCACCACUACAUGCGUGUUCGAAUGGCUUAGCUGAAAAAAAUGUGCAAACAGUCAAACAAGCGUUACGAAAGUCCUUAUUAAACCCGAACAACAGUACGAAAUCAAUUCAAUUAAUUUUGGACAAUUUCAUAUUUAAGCAUAGGAAUACACCAUCAGUAUCAACCGGAAUUAGCCCAGCAUCCAUUAUGUUAAAGCAACAGCCGAGAACAAAAUUGACAAUGUUAAAAACAAAAUUAUCAAGUACACUGAAAGAGAGGGAAGAGAAAGUAAAGAUUUAUGAAGAUAGGAGAAGAACUAAGUUGCGAGAAUUUGUUGAAAAUGAAAAAGUGUUAGCCUAUAUUAUUCAAGGGAGGAAGCCUGUGUGGAUGGAAGGAGUAGUUAUGCAGCGAGUCAGUGCAGUUACAUAUCUAAUUAAAUUAAACGGGAAUAUAAGACUAAUGCACGCUGAUCAUUUGAAGAAAUCGUACAUAUCAGAAAACAUUACGUUGCCUUAUGAAGACUUACCAGACAUCCUAAUACCUACCGCACAAGAGAAGCCAUCAGAACCAUUGAUCGCACAACCAUCUACGUCUGUACCUAAACCCACUGUACAACCUUCGCUACCCUUAUCACAUCCUGUCCCACUGCGUAGAUCAGCUCGAGAAAUAAAAGCUCCCUCAAAGUUAAAUUUGUAAUGUAGAUGUUUUGUCUUAUUUUUAGAAGGGAGAAAUGCUGUAUAGUAGCGACACCCGGCAACGCCGCAAAGUGAGUGACAACCUCGACAGAGGGAAAAAUGUAAGGUCGUCGGCCGAUGCAAUAUGACAUGUGUACUUGUAAAUGUUAAUUGUACAUGUAAUGUGUGAUGUAGUUAAUAAAUGGAAUGUUAUAUCGCGA